UGUAAGGGAGUACAUUAUGAAAAUGCAUCAUAUUGUCUCAAGAUUAAGGACACUUAAGAUUGAGCUUUCAGAUGAUGUACUUGUACUCAUGGUUUUGUUAACGCUUCCUCCACAGUUUAACCAAUUUAAAAUUAGUUACAACUGUCAAAAAGAGAAAUGGACUCUCAACGAGCUUAUUUCUCAUUGUGUGCAAGAGGAAGAAAGGUUGAAAAAGGACAAAACCGAAAGUGCUCCUUUGGCCACUACCCCUAAGGAUAAGGGCAAGAAAAGGAAAUUUGAGAAUGAAGCUGCUAAGGGUCCAGUUCAAAUAUCAACCUGGACAUGUGAAGAAAGAUUGUGCCAAAUAUCACGCAUGGCGUGUAAAGAAAGGGUUGCCUGAGCUACCGAAAGCCAAGUGAUGGUGAAAGAUACAUCUUUGUGGGCGAUGGACAAUCGGUAGAAGUGGAAGCAAUUGGGCAUUUCAGAUUGUUAUUAGGAACUGGUUUUUAUUUGGAUUUGAAAGACACUUUUGUUGUGCCGUCUUUUAGACGGAAUUUAGUUUUCGUUUCUUUGUUGGACAAAUUUGGAUAUUCUUGUUCAUUUGGAAACAAUCAGUUUACUUUGUCUUUAAAUUCAAAUAUUAUUGGAACUGGUUAUUUGAAUA